AUGGGUGUCCUUUCAAUUGUUACAAAGUUGCCGAACUUUUUCAUCAUAAUUGUCUUAUUCAUUACUACUUUCUUAUUAAGUUUUCUUUUAUUGAGUUGUUAUCAAGAAGCAAAAGCAUAUUCGGGGGCUUUCUUGACUAGUUUUAAAUUUAACAGGGAUGAAAUGCUGUUGGUUACUUUUAAUGGGACUACAGAUAAUGAACAAUUAUCAGGGUUUUCAAUUGACAUUGGAUAUUUGAAUUUUUGUGUGAAUUAUAAUAACGAUACAACAUGUUCGAGUUUUGAUAAUAUUGCUAAGUUGAAUUAUUAUCCCUUGAUUCAGGUAGUCAAUGGAGAUGAUGAAUCAACUAUAGAUUUGGUCAAGUUGGCAAAGAAGUUCAACGAUAUGUGUUUUUCUUAUGUAUUAAUGGCAGCACUCAUAUUAGUUUUAGCAGCCAUGGCUAUGAUGUUUUGGAUCAUGAUCCCACUUCUUCCAGGUAAAAAGCUUGCUAGGAAAACAGCCAGUGCUAUGUUACUCCUCAAUGGUAUAUUAUGGGGUGUGGGGUCCAUGUUACAACAUGAAGCUGUCAAAGCUAGUGCUUACUUAGUACCAAUAAGUUCAAUUAAUCUCAUUAAAGUUCAAACAGGAAUUAGAGCUGAAUCUAUGACUUGGGUAGCUUUUUGUUUCAUAUGUGUUUGUUUCAUUGGCAAUACAAUUCUUUUAGUGAAGGAAACGAAAAUUGCAAAAAAUGAUCAAGGUAGUAAAUAUUAA